CCGGAAACCCUGGCCGCCCUGCCGCGGGGUGAGGUGGCGGCGGGGGCGACGCGCUGCGGGCAGCGGAGCAGAGCGAGCGGAAAGAAGAAAUGAUGUAAAUAAUUCACUAACCGAACUCCCAGGUCAGAGGUGAGAAGGAAGGUCAGGAAGACUAUGGCCUGGCCAAACGUCUUUCAGAGAGGAACUCUGUUCUCCCGAUUUAGCCAUCAUCAUGUUGUCGUGUUCCUGCUCACCUUCUUCAGUUAUUCGUUGCUCCAUGCAUCAAGAAAAACUUUUAGCAAUGUCAAAGUCAGUAUCUCUAAGCAGUGGACCCCGAGUGCUUUUAACAAGUCCAUUAGGUUGCCUGUGGAGAUCUGGAGCAGCAACCACUUGUUCCCCAGCGCAGAGGAGGCCACUCUUUUCCUUGGAACCCUGGACACCAUUUUCCUCUUCUCUUACGCUGUGGGACUUUUCAUCAGUGGAAUUGUUGGAGAUCGGCUCAAUUUACGAUGGGUUCUGUCCUUUGGCAUGUGUUCUUCCUCACUCGUGGUGUUCGUCUUUGGCCCUGUCACGGAAUGGCUGCAUUUCUACAACAAGGGGCUGUACUGCUGUCUGUGGAUUGGGAAUGGGCUGCUGCAGUCCACUGGCUGGCCCUGCGUGGUCGCAGUUAUGGGCAACUGGUUUGGCAAGGCAGGACGAGGAGUUGUUUUUGGUCUCUGGAGUGCCUGUGCUUCCGUGGGCAAUAUUUUGGGAGCAUGCCUAGCUUCUUCUGUUCUGCAAUAUGGUUAUGAGUAUGCCUUUCUGGUGACAGCGGCGGUGCAGUUUGCUGGUGGGAUCAUCAUCUUCUUUGGACUCCUGGUGUCACCAGAAGAAAUUGGUCUCCCAGGGAUUGAGGCAGAAGAAAAUUUUGACGAAGACGCGCACAGGCCAUUAAUUAAUGGUGCCGAGAACGAAGAUGAACACGAACCUAACUAUUCCAUUCAAGAAGGCGGCACUGUUGCCCACGUCAAGGCGAUCAGCUUUUAUCAGGCCUGCUGUCUUCCUGGAGUUAUACCGUAUUCACUGGCCUAUGCCUGCUUGAAGCUUGUCAACUACUCCUUCUUCUUCUGGUUGCCCUUUUAUCUGAGUAACAACUUUGGAUGGAAGGAGGCUGAAGCUGACAAGCUGUCCAUCUGGUACGAUGUUGGAGGAAUUAUAGGUGGAACUUUGCAAGGUUUCAUCUCUGACAUGUUACAGAAGAGAGCGCCGGUUUUAGCUCUGAGUCUGCUUCUGGCAGUUGGGUCCCUCGUUGGAUAUAGCCGUUCUCCAAACGAUAAGUCCAUUAAUGCACUUCUGAUGGCCGUGACAGGAUUUUUUAUCGGCGGACCUUCUAAUAUGAUAAGCUCUGCUAUUUCUGCGGACCUGGGUCGCCAAGAGCUGAUCCAAGGGAGCAGUGAGGCUUUGGCGACCGUCACAGGAAUUGUUGAUGGAACCGGAAGCAUUGGAGCAGCGGUAGGCCAGUACUUAGUGUCUCUGAUCCAGGACAACCUGGGAUGGAUGUGGGUGUUCUACUUUUUCAUUCUCAUGACAAGUUGUACGAUUCUAUUUAUCUCACCAUUAAUAGUGAGGGAAAUAUCCUAUCUUAUGCAAAGACGACAGACUCACGUGCUGAGUGGGUGAGUGGUGCCCGCAGGAGGAAAAAACCCUGGGAGACGCUUCAGGACUCUUCCUUCUUUUAAUUCACCCAAUUCAGGCGUUGUCUUGAGAGCUCCAAGAAAACCUCAGAUCAGCAGGCCUCUGUACAGCGUCAGAUCUUCAAGCCUCUUUCGCCUUGUGACGCUGACCAGUGGGGAGGCCGGGGCUGGUUUUCUGCACUGCUCGAGUUAUUGUGGAUGAUUUUUAUUGUUCCAUCCACGUACUGAAUGGCCUAUGAAUCUGCCAGCGUCUUUAUUUGGCCCGUUGAGAUUUAUCCUUUCACCUUCAAUACCGUGUUGGACUUGGCCCCGAUUCUCUAGCCUGGGAAAGUUGAGUGACCACGAGGUAGUUGCACAUGGUUUGUAUCCAUGACCGAGUCCACGAAUAGGAAAGGAUCAUUGGAUUUUGCUUUGAUAAUGAGUUUGCAGAGAGCGGCUCAUCUUUGAAGCAGCAAAUCCUGGUCGGGUGCUCGCGCUGCAUCAAGCAGAAGCCUGCCUUGGACAAAGAAUCCCUUUGUUAAACUGUGGUGGGAAAAUCACCCUACAUGGUGACUGUCUCCGUUACUCCGUGUCUGAUCUAAAGUGAGUCAGCUCCGGACGCAGAAAUACCUUCAAAUUAUUGUCAACUCGUCCUCUUCUGUCUUCAUUCAAAAUUCACUUCGACUCCUGGAAGUAUUCAGUCUUCCUUUCAAGGACCAUAAGGUACAUCAUCCGCUGUCAUGAACAUUCCAAGGCGUAGCUCACAACUGAAGUGCUCAGCCCCAGAUUUGCUGUCUGGGGACGUUAGGAUCCACUAGGAAGCUAGUCUCCUUAGCCCUGUUUUCAGAGAAUUGAUCUCUCUCACGACCAGGUUCCUUGAGUUACCUCAGCAGAAGACUAGAAAUAGAGGAAAAACCUUUUGUCCUAAUAAAUGUUAGGUAUAUAACCUUGAAUCACGUGACCUUGAAUCACAUUAAUGGGCCUGAGGACAAGGCAUCUAUUCUAUAGAAGUUUGUAGCAUUUAUGUCCUCAAGGCUGUCAACUCUGUACUAAUCACCGAUAUGUUAAGGUCAUUCUGUAUAUAUAUAUAUUUUAAAUUAUGGACAUGAACUGGGGAGAAAAUGUACAAUUUUGAGGGCUGCCUAAUUUGCAUUGGGAUAGGGGAUAUUUUUCAACUUCUUGCUUUAUACUGGAAAGUGUGAUGUGUUUAUGAACUUGUUAUUUAAUCAAGCAGAUUUCCAAUCAGUUAAUCGCUCAUUACUGACAAAAAAGGGAAAAUAUGAAACAGAAAGGGAAAAUAAACUGACUUUUAUAGUAAA